AUUAUAACAUUCGUUUCCCACCUUAUUUCCCGAAUACUCUCUCUAGUAUAAUGACGAUAAUGCUGGCCUCGUAUGAGCUCUUUUCGAUCCAUACGCUCCUCCUUGCCCUGGCUGUGUCCGCCAUGACCAGGCUGCUCUGGAGAGCCCGGCAGCGGCGUAAGAUCCCACUUCCGCCGAGCCCCCGAGGUCUGCCGAUUGUAGGCCACUUCCACCUCCUUGGCCCGCUCCUCCACCAAUCCUUCUCCGGCCUGAGUUCCAAGCACGGUCCAUUGUUCCACCUUAGGCUCGGAUCCGUGCCUUGCAUGGUAGCCUCGACUCCCGAGCUGGCAAGGGAGAUCCUGAAGAUGAAUGAGCUGAAGUUCGCCGCCCGUGAACAAACAGCUGCAAUUCACCUCCUCACUUACAACGCCGGCUUUGCCUUCGCACCCUAUGAUGCCUACUGGAAGUUCAUCAAGAAGUUGAGCCAGACCGAGCUCCUCAGCCCACGGACCCUGGGCCAGUUCCUCCCAGUACGCUCGCAGGAACUGCACUACUUCCUCGGUCUCAUUUACGACAAAUGCCAAUUCGGUGAGAGCAUUAAUCUCACUCGAGAACUCUUGAAGCUAACCAACAACAUCAUUUCCCAGAUGAUGUUGAGCAUCAGGUGUUCGGGGACUGACAGUCAGGCCGACGCAUGUCAGAGCGUCAUCCGGGAGGUGACGGAGAUCUUCGGAGAGUUCAACAUGUCCGACUUCAUCUGGUUCUGCAAGUACAUCGACUUCCAGGGGUUCCGGAAGAGGUUUGAGGGCAUCCACCGGAGGUACGACAGCAUCCUUGAGAACAUCAUGGAAACCCGAGAGCAAUCUCGGAAGAAGAAGAGAGAAGGAGGGACCGGCCAGGAAGAAGAGAUCAACGAUUUUCUCGACAUGAUGCUCGAUGUUUUGGAAGACCCUAAUUCAGAGAUACAGCUGACGAAAAAUAAUAUCAAGGCGUUGAUGAUGGAUUUCUUCACGGCAGGAACCGACACCACCGCGAUCGUGUUGGAGUGGUCCCUAGCGGAGCUCAUGAACAAUCCGUCAGUGCUGGAGAAAGCAAAGCAGGAAAUCAAGAACGUUGUUGGGAGCACUCGGCUAGUCCAGGAGUCUGACACCCCUAACCUACCAUACAUUCAGGCAAUCAUCAAGGAGACCUUCCGUUUCCACCCUCCGAUUCCGAUGGUGACUAGGAAGGCCGUCGAAGAGGCUGUUAUCAAUGGAUACAGGAUUCCCGCAGGCUCGUUGCUGUUCAUCAACAACUGGGCCAUAGGAAGAGACCCAGAGGUAUGGGAACGGCCCAUGGAGUUCUAUCCAGAGAGGUUCCUCGGGAAGACCGAGAGCGAAGCCAUGGACGUCAAGGGCCACAACUACGAGUUGCUCCCAUUUGGAUCCGGCCGGAGGGCUUGCCCUGGAAUUUCACUGGCCAUGUUGGAGCUCCCGGUCACACUUGCAGCCAUGAUUCAAUGCUUUGAUUGGAAGCCCUGCAGCCUCGGGGGGGAAAUCUUGCAGACAGUCGACAUGUCCGAACGCCCUGGCUUGACAGCCCCCAGGGCCAAUGAUCUUAUCUGCCUGCCGGUGCCUCGCCUGGAUGUGUGUCCGAUCAUCUCAACUAAAUAAGCCCCAAGGGCCGCGAUUAUCUCUGCUGCUAAUUCACAUCCAAGUGAAAAUGUACCAAAUAAACACAAAAGUCGUGCUUACUGAAAGUGGUGAAUGCGCCAAAAGUGAUAUUAUGUGUCAAUGAUCUUGUAAUCCAAUAUAGACCAAAUAAGAAGAAAUUAAUGGGUUUAUAGCA